ACACUGAUUAAGAACAGUCACGCCAAAAUGGGGUUCGUGAUUUUACUAUUAUUUGCAUGCGCAGCGGUCCAGGGGCUGGUACGCGUGGACCCAUUGGUGAAGACGAAACAGGGUCUGAUCAAGGGAAUAAGAGCUGAUGAUGGAGAUUACUCCAUGUUCCUUGGCAUACCGUACGCAAUUGUCGACGAAAAUAAUCCUUUCGGGCCUUCGAUACCACAAACUGAAUUCAAAGAAAUUUACAACGCCAAUGACGAUUCAAGAACAUGCCCGCAAGUUGACGAAUUCACAAACCAGAUAACUGGUACAUUGGACUGUCUGCGUUUGAACGUGUACGUGCCAAAUAUAGCGGGCUCUAGAAACAAACUCCCCGUUCUGAUUUGGAUCCACGGAGGUGGUUUUAGCGGAGGAGACGGAGGCAGAUUCGUUACUGGACCCAAAUUCUUGGUCAGGCAUGAUGUAGUUUUAGUGACAAUGAAUUAUAGAUUAGGACCUUACGGGUUCAUGUGCCUCGAUACACCGGAAGUGCCCGGGAACCAGGGGCUUAAAGAUCAAUUACUGGCGUUGAGAUGGAUCAAGGGUAACAUUGCAGCAUUUGGAGGGGAUGAGAACAAAAUGACAUUGAUGGGUGAGAGCGCUGGAGCCAGCUCGGUCGAUUUCCACCUUUUGUCUGAUAAAGAGAGCCUAUUUGACCAAGUUAUAUUACAAAGCGGAUCAGCAUUACUAACACUAUUAGGAGAAUCUAUCCCAGAUGCGCCUUUGAGACUAACCAAACAAUUAGGCUAUGAAACGAGUGACGUAGACGAAGCCUUGUCAUAUUUAUCUAAAAUGGACACAAAUUCGGUAAUAAACGCCACAUUAUCCUCACACUUAUUCUUUAAAGUGUGCAUUGAAAAGAGAUUCGAUGAUGUUGAUGGUUUUGUAACGGAACAUCCGUUAAUGGUGGACUCGCCCAAGAUCAAGAACACACCCAUGCUAGCUGGAUUCAACAACAAGGAAACGCUUAUGAUGUAUGCACAUAUGCGACCUGAACAGUUCAAGGGUUACGGCACCUUCAGAAACGUCCUCGAAGGUUACUUCACUUACGACGACGAGUUUGCUGAGAUGGAGGAUCUAGUUCGACGUUUCUAUAUCGGAGAUGAAGAAAUGAGCGAAGCGUUGCGGUGGGACUUAAUGGAAUUCAACUCAGAUCUCACUUUCAACUUCCCCGUCCAGUGGACCAUUGAUCAUUAUCUUCAGAAAGGUUCUAAGAUCUACCAAUAUCUAUUCUCCUACAGCGGUGAAAGGAAUUUCCUUAAGAAGAGAAUGAAUAUUACGACAGAUGGAGCGGCCCAUGCUGAUGAAAUAGCUUAUCUAUUUGAUAUAUCCUACGAAGACACUCCCACCCAUGAAGACCAGAGGAUGAUCGACCAAAUGACAACGCUUUGGACAAAUUUCGCAAAAUUCGGAGAUCCCACACCGGAGACAACAGAUCUGCUUCCAGUUAAAUGGGUACCAGCGACCAAGGAAAUCAACAAUUACCUGGACUUGGACAAGGAGUUGGCGCUCAGGAGACUGCCGUAUAACAAAAGACUCACAUUCUUGAAGUUCUUCUUCAAAACUAAUAUGCACAGACUUACUUUACUCACAAAAUAAUCAUCGAAAAGUAAUAAAUGAUUGAGAGUCCUA